AUGGUGCCGCCGCCUCCUCCGAGCCGGAGAGGAGCGGCCCGGGCGCAGCUGGGCAGGAGCCUUGGGCCGCUGCUGCUGCUCCUGGCGCUGGGACACACGUGGAGCUACCGAGAGGAGCCCCAGGACGGCGACAGAGAAAUUUGCUCCGAAAACAAAAUAGCGACAACCAAGUACCCGUGUCUGAAGCCUUCGGGCGAGCUCACCACGUGUUUCAGGAAAAAGUGCUGCAAAGGAUAUAAAUUUGUUCUUGGACAAUGCAUCCCAGAAGACUAUGAUGUUUGUGCUGAGGCUCCCUGUGAACAGCAGUGCACAGAUAACUUUGGCCGAGUGCUGUGCACUUGUUAUCCAGGAUACCGAUAUGAUCGGGAGAGACACCGGAAGCGGGAGAAACCAUACUGCCUGGAUAUCGACGAGUGUGCCACCAGCAACGAGACGCUCUGCGCACACAUCUGCAUUAAUACCCUGGGCAGCUACCGCUGUGAAUGCCGGGAGGGCUACAUCCAAGAGGAUGAUGGGAGGACAUGCACCAAGGGGGAUAAAUAUCCCAAUGACACUGGGCCGGAAGAGAAGGGCAAGAACGCGGUGCAGGACGGGACCUGCUGCGCCUCGUGCAAGGAGUUCCACCAGAUGAAGCAGACAGUGCUGCAGCUGAAGCAGAAGAUUGCCCUGCUCCCCAACAAUGCUGCCAACCUGGGCAAGUACAUCACUGGUGACAAGGUGCUGGCCUCAAACGCCUACCUUCCCGGACCACCUGGUCUGCCUGGGGGCCAGGGCCCUCCCGGCUCACCUGGACCAAAGGGGAGCCCAGGUUUUCCAGGAAUGCCAGGCCCUCCUGGGCAGCCUGGUCCAAGAGGCUCAAUGGGACCCAUGGGACCAUCUCCUGAUCUGUCCCACAUUAAGCAAGGCCGGAGGGGCCCUGUGGGUCCACCAGGUGCACCAGGAAGACAUGGUUCCAAAGGAGAGAGAGGAGCGCCUGGGCCCAGAGGGCCUCCAGGAUCUCCUGGUUCUUUUGACUUCCUACUGCUGUUGCUGGCUGACAUCCGCAACGACAUCGCCGAGCUGCAGGAAAAGGUAUUUGGGUAUCGAACUCACUCUUCAGCCGAGGAGUACCCUUUACCUCAGGAAUUGUCCAGCUACCCGGAAACCAUGGACUUCGGCUCUGGAGACAGCCACCCAAAAAGAGGGGAGACAAGAGCCUUGGGAACACCUAGAGACUUUCAUCCUUAA